GUUCGGUACCGGCCGAUCCGGGCACGUUUGACCUCGUGGCGCUUCUCGAGCCCCGCAGCUGUUGAGUCCAGCGGCCGCUCCCCUCCAGCGGGUCGGGGCAGAGCAGCGGGGCCGUCCUGGGGCUCCGCGGGGGAAGAAUUGGCAUGAAUCUUCAUGAAGGAGGGAAACACAUGAGAAGAUCCGAUUAGAACCGCAGUGUUUGUUUCAAGAUGCCCCAAAGGGAAAAUACUCAUCUGCAAGUCUCAUCUUUCAAAACUGCCUGUGUUCCUUCAAUCAAAGAAAAAUGUUUUUUGAGAAAGAUGACUUAUGAAGUUUGUGAACAAAGCUGGCUUCAAAAGGAUACUGAGUGAAAGACAUCAUGCCUUACAAGGGACACUUAUCUUGAAGGGGUGACACUGUGCUCUUAAACAAAAACAAAGGCACUUGAAAAACACUGAUCCUGAACAAGAAUAAGGAUUAUAAAAACUGCAUCAGAAUGUUUGUUAGUCCCAGAAGAGUCAGAAAAUGCCAUUUUUUGCAAAUAUUUGCCACUUGCUUCAUACUGUGUCUCAUGAUUUUUUGGGGACCAUUUGAUAAUCACAUUGUGAGCCAUAUGAAGUCCUAUUCAUACAGAUACCUCAUAAAUAGCUACCAUUUUGUGAAUGACAGCCUGUCUAUCAGCAGGGAUAACCUGGACAGAGUAUCAAGCUACCAAUAUUUGAUCAACCACAGAGAGAAAUGUCAGCAGCAGGAUGUCCUUCUGCUAUUGUUUGUGAAGACUUCUCCUGAAAACCGUCAUCGGAGGGAUGCAAUUAGACAAACUUGGGGUAAUGAGAAGUAUGUUCGUUCUCAACUUAAUGCCAACAUUAAAACUCUUUUUGCUUUAGGACGACCAACAGACCAUCUGCAGAAAACAUGGCAGCAAAGGGAACUUGAGCUUGAAGACCAGAAAUACCAUGAUUUGAUUCAGCAAGACUUCUUGGAUACUUUUCACAAUCUUACUCUAAAAUUGCUUUUGCAGUUUAGCUGGGUGAAUGCCUACUGUCCUCAUGCCAGGUUCAUUAUGUCUGCAGAUGAUGAUAUAUUUAUCCAUAUGCCAAAUCUUGUUGCUUAUCUCCAAAGUCUAACACAAAUGGGUGUUCAAGAUCUCUGGAUUGGUCGUGUCCAUCGUGGAUCCCCUCCCGUAAGAGACAAGAGUAGCAAAUACUAUGUUCCAUAUGAAAUGUACCAGUGGCCCUCUUACCCUGAUUACACAGCAGGAGCUGCAUAUGUAAUAUCAAAUGAUGUAGCAGCUAAAGUCUAUGAGGCUUCACUGACUCUCAAUACAAGUCUUUAUAUAGAUGAUGUUUUCAUGGGUCUCUGUGCCAAUAAAAUGGGAAUUGUACCACAAUAUCAUGUAUUUUUUUCUGGGGAAGGAAAGGCUCCAUAUCAUCCCUGCAUUUAUAACAAGAUGAUGACAUCUCACGGACACGUAGAUGAUCUUCGCCAGCUCUGGAAGCAGGCUACAGAUCCCAAAGUUAAAAAGAUUUCUUCAGGGAUUUGGGGUAGAAUAUACUGCAGACUAGUCAAUAUUGUGCUUCUCUGUAAACUGUACUAUGAGGACACAUAUCCUUGUUCAGCUGCAUUUUCUUAAUACUUGAAUAUCUGCACAGAAGAUCCACUGAGCCAAAACAGAGCAACAACUUUUUAGGUGUUUAUUCAAAAUAUAUGUAAACAUGGAAAGAGGUAAAAUUUACAUGUGAAUAUUUGGGGUGGGCAGGGGGAGAGGAAGAAGAUGGUCCCAGAUUUUGUUCAGAAACUUAUUGGAAUAGCUCUCCUGUUGAAACUUUUUACAUUGUAGCCUGUUUUUUUACACUCUUCAAGGGAUGCAAGUCUGGAUUAUAAAUGAACUAUAAUAGACUUCUAGACUUUGAAAUGCUUGUUGAAAAUGUUUGUUACUUUGAACUUGUCAGUAAGUCUUGAGGGUUUUUUUUAAAGCUGUGUGAACUAAGGCAUGUGGCAAGACAAAAAUCUGUUAUAUCAAAAUGGAAUAGACUUUUCAAAACAUGAGGAAAGUGGAACUUCUGACUUGAUGAAUGAGAGUAUUGCAGUAGUUUAAGGCAGUGUAAACUCAUUACAAAUAUUCACCAUUUUCAGUGCUUCAUCGAAAGUCAGUCUGGACCUGCACAGUUGCCAGUGAGUGCUAAAAGUGAAGACCUGCUACAGUCGUUUUCUCUAAGUUCCCUAAAUCUUUGAAACAGGGAAACAGUGUUUGAAUGCCCUCUGACUUGGUGGUUUUAAGUAAAAAAAGGAGCUCCCUUUAGAACUUGAAGUGAUGAAAAUCAAAUACUACUCAUGUAACAGGUUUGGCUAAUAUUUCUCUACCUUCUGAAAACUGAAUCAGUGUACUUAAACAGUCCAAUCUUUAAUAAGCAAACAAGCUAAAUGAGUUUUCUUUUAAGAAUGCUUCUGUUUUCCAAUAUUCACGAUUCUAAAGGUUAAAAGCAAGCAAAAGUCACCAAGAAUGUUACUUAGAGCUAAUGUGAAGCUUUUAAAGACUUAAAAAAAGCAAAAUUUUAAGCAGGUACUAGCAAAGAGGGAGGAUAUUUUCUGCACAAACUUUGACUUCGCAUUGAAGGGAUAGGGAGAUGGUGAUUCACAGAAACCCAGUACACAAAUCAAAAUAACUAAAAUGUUUGUCAUCAAAAUUGUCUUUAAAAUUUCAGGGUUGUUUGUGUUCACAAAACCCUGUACCUCGAAUAUGUUUCGAUGUUAAUAUCACCUGCAGAGGAACAAAACACCUGUGCAUUGUAAAUCAAACCAGAACAAAGCGAUGUGCGACCUCCAGCCCUCACGAGUUGUACUGUGGUGCCACAGAGAUACUGCAGAGAACCAGAGCUGUAGGGUGUCUGCAGUUCUUUCUUGUACAGCUCACUAAUGGUGCUUCCACAGACUCUCAGGACAGAUAUCUUAGUUGCUAAUUGCAAAACCUGUGGUAGCUGUACAGGACUUGCUAGUUUUAAGCUGUGAGUAGUAAACUUGGUUUAACUAACUGCUACUGCUCUUGGAGCUGUGCUGCGGGUUUUAUGGUUUGAAUGGACAGUGGUGUCUCUUAGAGUAGACAGAAUCCAGGAGUGAGCUUGCUGACUGUUCUCUAAGCUGUUCAGAUGGAUGAUAGGUAGCUACAUAAAAUAUGUAACUUUCUAUAAUGGAUUUUCCAGAAGGAAGAUAAUAAGAAUCCUAACUGGUUCCAAAUGUUUGGCAUAUAAAGAGCCGACAAAUAAAUCAUUUAUCAGUGUCAAAAUGACUGAAGAAUAUAACAGCUAUACUUCAGAGAAAACCAAAUCCAGUUCCUGUUCUUGCCUAAACAUUGAUUAUAGUACUGAGAAUAUGUAUUUUCUAAAAGAAAAAAAACCACAAGACAACCCUAGAUCUAUAUGACCUGUUGCUUACAGAGAAGAUAAAUGCACAUAUAGAGGAAGUAUUACUCUGUACUGAAGGAAAGCUGCUUCAUCAGAUUUCUGACUUGUUUUGAGCCAUUUAAAUCAACAAAGCUGCACAGCAAAACUGCACUGCUAGAAAAAGCCACCCUGUUCACUGUAGGGAAAGAGGGUCUUCAUAUGCAGUAUGCAACCAAAAUGUACUAGUAAGACUACAGUUUUUGCAGCAUAACUCUGUGUUGGGAUUUGUUUUCACUCAUACAAGCAAAAGUAAACCAAGCUUUAAGUAGCCUAAACUAGCUAACAUCUAAAACGCUGCUUAAAUGUAGUUUGCCAUUUUCUGAAAGUCACUUUUGACCAUUGAAAUAUUUUGUUUUACAGUUGGUUUGAGUUUUGUUUGGAUUGUUUCCUAAUCUUAAAAGGGUCUUGAUGUUUGUAGUAUGCAUUUUCUUUUGCUGCAGUGAAAAGAAGUUGCUUGUUGAAUAAAAAGAAAAGCAUGAAGGCACUCCUUUCAAAAAAUGGAGACACUAGAAAACUUCUUAUUUUCUGGUUCUAAACACAAUAUUUGUACACUUUCAUCUGGAACCUUUUUUAACAAUAGUCUCGGUGCUCCAAUGCAGGGCUGUCAGGUUUUACUUCAGCAAAUAAAACUGUAUCAGCCUGAAUGGUCACUCCUCAUUAAGAGUUUGACAUUGUUGCACAGCAUAUUUAAUGCUAAAUUUUUUUUACCUAUUUGUUUGGUUUGCAUCAGUUUCCCUUUGAUAUUACUAAUUUUUAUACAAAGUGUUCAGUAUUUAUUCUUAAACUUUGCUCUGUACCACAGAAAGACAAUUGUUUUGUAAAAUUUGUUUUGAAUAAACAGACUUAUUUCUUUUAAAAAAAACCCAAACAGUACAGCAGAGGUAAAUAUCUCUUGUUGCUUUAUUUGUAACUGACAGCAUCAGCUCUGAUGCUUUUAAGUGUUAUCCCGAGUUCCCUCUCUAGAGAGCUUCAAACUGUCCCGUCCCCCACCUUCCUUUCUGUUCUACCUUGCUCCAAACCUGCCCUCAACAAAGGGCAAAAUCGGUGUUUCCCAGGAAAGAGACAGCUCACAAAUUUGUUGACCAAGCUUCUGGGUCUAAAGUUGUGUAGAACUGCUAGAUAUUAGAAGCUUAACCUGUUGUUAUUUGUAUGUUCUCUUUAGGCAGUUGUUCCUCUGGAGAUGUGUAUUUAUCUCCACAAGAUUUCAGGUCCUACUUUGCACUUUUUGAAAACUAGUUGAUAGUUUGGGGACCAGACAUGGUAUUUUCCUAGGGUAUAAUUAAAUUCAGAUAAUGAUGA